CUGCAUAAAGCAGCUGCAUCCGGGUCCUUCCUGAAGCUCCAGACUCUGUCACUAUGGUCAUGGCGGAGGGUACUGCAGUGCUGAGGAGAAACAGGCCCGGCACUAAGGCACAGGAUUUCUUCAACUGGCCUGACGAGUCUUUUGAGGAAAUGGAUAGCACAUUGGCUGUCCAACAGUACAUUCAACAGAAUAUAAGAACAGAUUGUUCAGAUAUUGACAAAAUCCUGGAGCCCCCAGAAGGGCAGGAUGAAGGCGUGUGGAAGUAUGAACAUCUGCGGCAAUUUUGUCUGGAGCUUAAUGGACUUGCAGUCAAACUCCAGAUGGAGUGCCAUCCUGACACUUGUACUCAGAUGACUGCAACAGAACAAUGGAUAUUUCUUUGUGCUGCCCAUAAGACCCCAAAAGAGUGUCCUGCUAUAGAUUACACUAGGCACACACUUGAUGGUGCUGCGUGUCUCUUGAAUAGCAAUAAAUAUUUUCCAAGUCGAGUAAGCAUAAAGGAGUCCUCUGUAGCCAAACUAGGAUCUGUGUGCCGUAGGAUUUACAGAAUAUUUUCCCAUGCUUACUUCCAUCACCGCCAAAUAUUUGAUGAGUAUGAGAAUGAAACCUUCUUGUGUCAUCGUUUCACUAAAUUUGUGAUGAAGUAUAAUCUAAUGUCCAAGGAUAAUCUGAUUGUUCCAAUUUUGGAAGAAGAGGUUCAAAACUCAGUUGCUGGAGAAAGUGAAGCAUGAUGACAUGCGUGAUGGUGUACUAAAUUUGUAUCAAGGAACCUAUUAACAAUUACGUACUGUAUAUAUCAUUUUAGACUCUGCAAUCAUAUCCUUUUAAUGGCUUCUUUGUUUAGUAUAGUUUUUGUAUUCUAUGCGUAUUGCCUUUUAAAUUGGGAAAUACAUUAAGUUAUUCAUUAGCUGUAUAUUCAAUGUGGCUUUCAUGGGUUUUAAGCAUAAAGGAUUCUGUUUAUAAUGCCUGUUUUAAUAAAAAAUAUUUUCCGUUCUGUUAGUAUAUACUACACAAUCCUUUUGACAGUAGUUGGGAAAAUGUCAUCCUUAGUUGAUAAUUGCAUUAAGGUAUCCAUAAGAGAAUGCGGGGCGUCUCACUGUAAAUCUUUUCAGAUCUAUUUUUUGCUGUGAAAAUAUAUAAAGCAGAAUUUUAUGGUUAUAA